AUGGUCAAAGGAGCUAGGUACCAGGCCAGAGUUCCGCGCAUCAUCAAACCGAAGAUGGUGCGAACUGUUGUGCUGCUUUACCUGUUGAUAGUCGAAGUCAGUCCUUCGCCUGUGCGCCCUGUUGAAGAAAUGAGUGGCGUUGAAGGGAGUACAUAUGAUAUCAAUGUGCAAGGUAGUAGUAGGAACAUUGCUCUUGCCAAUCAUGCAGCGUGGAUUAGUGGAACUAGCCAAGUUGGUUCUGCAAAUGAUGAUAUUCAAUUGGUCGUUGUUUCAGAAGAAGAAACAUGGAGGACAGCGCAACCUAAAAGCCAGCUGGAAAGAGUGGAUUGGCCAGGAUUGGUCAUUCCAAACUUCUUGACUGACUCAAGCACGGAAUGGCAAGUGUGGCCAGUUGUCCCCCAGCCUUCGACUCUUGAAUACACGGUCAUGUUAGUUGAUGUGGCAAGGCAGCGAGACCUUGAUAUGGUGCCUAUCUUGGUUGCUGACAUGAAUUUAGAUGGGUGCCGCGAGGUCUUCAAACACGCGGAUUAG